AUGGAGCUGAGCGAACAUGACAUCGUGUACAAGAAUCUCACUGCAGCAAAGUCACAGGUCCUUGCCGACUUCUUGAUCGAGUUAACGCCAGAGCUGGAGCAAGACCUCAUCCUACCAAGUGUUCCUCGCGGAGAAAAUGUCUGUGCCGACGCCCUCGCCGCUCUAGGAAGCAAGCUACACGACCAAGUCAAGAGGACAAUCCCAAUCCACAAAAUCGAGCAACCGAGCAUCGACACGAAGGCAGAGCAGACUGAGAUUGCAGCAGCGAUCAGCGAAGCGAUGGACAUCGAUGAAGCAGAACCUCCUUCGCAAGAUGAUCAGCCAACAGAUUGGCGCAAGGAACACAUCGAUUAUCUCGCUGAAGGUUUAUUGCCCACCGAGAAAUGGGACGCGCGGCGACUGAAGCGACGUAGCGCACACUACGUUGUCAUGGACGGGGAACUACACCGAUGGACUGCAACAAAGGUACUACUCAAAUGUAUCGCCGGCGAAGAAACGAGACUCUUCAUGGCCGAAACACACGAAGGAGCAGUAGGCAAUCACUAG